AUGGCUCACAACAGAACGGACCUUGACACAAUUAAUAUCGUCUUACAAACUGAACUAGAAGAGGUUGAAGAGGCUUUGAGAUCGUUGAAACGCCAUGGAAACGGAGGAACAGCACCAAUUCGUGAUCAAAACCUUGCUCUAUUGCAAUGGCGAACCGAGCUUCGAUGUCGAAUGAGCACCCAACAGGGCCUCCGAGAGGCCCUACAGAUGUCGAGAGAAUCACGGUCCGACCAGACCGCCAUUCUUCGAGAUGUUCUUAAUCGUGAGGUGGAUGAAGCUCCGGCAGCUCGUGUAGCAUCUGCUGGUCACGCACCUCCUCCCCAGCAAGCACCUCGUGGCGCCUUGGACCUGAUUCCCAUCCCAGAUGCCCAGGCCCAAGCCCGCCAGCAAGAGGAUACCAUGACUAUCCCGAUGGCGCCUCCGCCUGUUGUCCUGCGGGAGUGCAUUGCUUGCUCUGAAAGUCGCCCCGAGUCCGACACGGUUCAGAAUAGCUGUUCACAUGUCUAUUGUCAAGGAUGUGUCAUCCGCCUUCUCCAAAACUCCCUGGCUGAUGAAAGCUUGUUCCCCCCUCGUUGUUGUCGUCAACCUUUGCCAUUGGAAGGUGCGCGUGGUAUCAUCAAUGAUGAGCUGUGGGCGAGAUUCGAGGAAAAAACGAUUGAACAUGGAGAUCGACAUCGUACUUAUUGCUCAGAUCCUGCUUGCUCUCGAUACAUUCUGCCAGCAUAUGUCCAUGGUACAAUCGCAACCUGCAGAGUAUGCAAUCGGCAAACAUGUACCCUCUGCAAGAAGACCAACCAUCAAGGACAAUGUGUUGACGACCGCGCAGAGGUCCUAGAGCUUGCAAGGGCAGAAGGAUGGCAAAGGUGCUCUAAUUGCAAUCAUCUUGUUGAGCUUCGUAGCGGCUGCAAUCAUAUCACGUGCCGUUGUCGUUACGAAUUCUGCUAUGUAUGUUCUGCGCGAUGGAAGCAGUGCGAAUGCGCCCAUUGGGACGAGGCUAGGCUCCAGGAGCGAGCGGAGCUGAUUGCGGGUCGGAACCAGCCAGCCCCUGCGCCCCAGGCUGUUGAACAAGCAGCCCAGUUCCUAGUUGCGCAGCAUGAGUGCGAUCAUGAUGUGGUGUGGAAAAAGCUCGCGGUCGCCGCUGCAUGUGAAGAAUGCAGUGUGGACUCCAAGCUUGCAAUGACUGCCGAAGAUAUAGAUUCUAAUUGA